ACUGCUUGCGUGUGUUGGUAACAGCAAAUGUGAAUGUGUCGUUAAAUCCGAUGUGCCCUGUUUGCAGCUCUAUUUGUAGGGUUUGUGUAUCUUAUUGGACAAUAAAACCGGCUUGUCCAAAACAUCAGGCAACCUAGCAACUUCAUUCAUUCGAGCUGUGCUAGCAUGUCUUAGCGGUAACUGCGGGGUGUACCGAAACACACCGGUUUCAUCACUAACUGAACUACCAAACCGAUUUUGGACUGUCGUUUUAAAUGUGUCCUGUUGUCAACUAGACUGUGCUUUCAGGUGCGGCGCGCCUUCAUACAGACGGAUCACAAUGGCUCAAUCUCAAGCAGCAACGAAACUCCUGGUGAAAAGCACUACCAAAGUGUCUCUAAAUGAGCGCUUCACCACCAUGCUGAAGAACAAGCAGGCGUCUCCUGCGGUGGUGAGCGUGCGGGCCACCAUGCAGCAGCAGCACUCGGCCAGCGUCCGCAACCGCCGCCUCGCCCAGCAGAUGGAGCACCGGCCCACCGUCCAGGCGGCACUGCACAACAAGCCAGCCAGGUCCCUGAAGCAGCGGUUAGGCGUGCAGGCGCGUCUGGGCGGCCGCCCCAUGGGUGCCGGAGCCCGUGGAGGAGUGGGAGGAGUCAACAGGGGUUUCCUGGCCACAGGCUUCAGGGGCGUGAUGCGCGGACGAGGCAGAGGGGCCUUCCUCAGGGGAGCCGGGGCACUCAGAGGUGUGGUGCGGGGCCGCGGGGGCCCUACCCGUCUGGCGGUGCGGAGGGGCAUCAGGCAGUGGGGGGGCCAGGUGAACAGAGCCGGGGCCCUCGUCAGCCGAGGAGCACGCGCCGCAUUCGCAGGAAGAGGUCGAGGAGUGGCUGGCCGUGGACGCGGUGCGUUUGUGGGCCGUGGCAACUUCGCGGGUCGUGGCAACUUCUCCGGCCGUGGCAACUUCGCGGGUCGUGGCAACUUCUCCGGUCGUGGCAACUUCUCUGGUCGUGGAGGUGCAGGAGGAGUAGGACGGGGCCGUGGGGGUGGAGCUCGCGGCCGAGGAGGAGCCAGAGGAGGAGGAAGAGGAGGAGCCUGGUCAAACGGCGCCACCAAUCUCACCAAGGAGCAGCUGGAUAACCAGUUGGACGCCUACAUGUCCAAGACCAAGGGAUUCCUGGACGCAGAGCUGGACGCGUAUAUGGCCCAGACGGAUGACAUGGAGUAAAGACGGGGGGGCAGCAGGACUCGAAAGGGCCGGUGACAGUGGGCCCUUCUCAAAACCUAGGACGGUGUCCUUCCAAGUGUAUCAGCCUAAUUAGUCACACCCAGUGAUUGGAUAUUCUGUAGAGUUCACCAAACUGUAUCCAAUCACUGGGCGUGACUAAUUAGGCUGAUACCCUUGGAAGGACACUGUCCUUGGUUUUGAGAAAGGCCCAGUGACAGGGACUGUACUGACCCAGUUGUUUGCAGCGAGGACAAACAAGGGUCACUCACUACUACUACUACUACUUGUCUGGAAUUAUGCACAUCAUCCCAGUAGGCCUGCCUGCCUGACUGUUAAAAACUGAGCUUCUGAGUUUUCUUUCAAGAGUGUUUGUUUUUUUCCACCGCGCAGCUCGAAUGGCAGCCCCGAGUUCUCACGUUACCAUGAUGAGAUCCAGACCAAAUAAUGACCGUUAAGAAUGCUAACAUGUCAAUGCUAACAGGUCAUUGUUCUCGUAUUCACAUUUCAGCUAUUUUCAGUGUUUUUGUAAAAAUAACUGAGCCGAUUAACCAGGUUAUCUGACAAGGGAUUUAAAAUGGUUUUGUCUUUCUGUUGUACUGAGUGUAUGCCAUUUCCAUCAAGCUUUGCGUAAAGUGUACUGAAUGACCAUGCAUUAUUAUUGUAAGUUUUGCCAGUUAAUUUUUAAAUCAACUACAGUACAGUAUUCGAGCGCCUAUAUUUUGAAGUUUCGCUUGUUUCUUCGCGUAUCUGUUUUGAGGAUGGAUUUGUUCAGACUUGGCUGCCUUAAAGGUCUGAAUCAACAUCCUACAAUGUACUUGGUUUCUUUUUAUAAAUUAUUUAUGUUGAAGCUUUGUCUGGCAAACGGAAAGUGGGCUAGGGAAAGAAUUGUUUUGUGGGCUUUCUUUGAAAAGGGGUUAACGGUGUUUUUGAUAUUGGUCAUUUUUGUUAUGUUCUGUAUACAAGUACAAUACCGAUGACACUUUCUGCACUGGUUUUUUAUUAAACUCAAAGCCUUUUUGAGAAUUUAA